AUGAAACUCUACACCACUGAACGCUAUGGCAACACUCAUGCUGAUCUAUGCUUCAUCAUGGCUUAUUUAUCAGGCACCUAAGUUGAAGAAGUCAACGUUACCCUUGAAGAAUUUAAAACUCUACCUGUGGCUCAAAAGGUUUUAACUCCAUAAUUACCAGCUUUAGAAUUAGAUGAUGGCACAACUCUUACCUCAUCACUAGCUAUUGCCAAGUUCCUUGCCUCAGCCAAGCCAGACCUCUUAGGAUCAACUCUCUUUGAGGAAGCUUAAAUUGAUCAAUGGCUGCAAGUCUUAAGAAACGAAACCCAACCAAUAGCCAGAGUGAUCAACUAUCAAGUCUAUGGUCAUCUUCCAGCUGACUAAAAUGAGCACAAUUACAUUUAUAAUUUGCUUAAGGACAACCUAAAGCUAAUCAACAACAAUCUUAAAGCCAAGAGUCACUUCGUUGGAAACCAUCUCACCAUCGUUGACAUCUACUUCACUUUGAUUCAACUAGAAUUAUAGCAGGCUACAAUGGACACUAAUUUCAGAAACUCAAUGUCAAAUCUGAAUAAUCACUUUAAGACUAUUAUUGCUCUCCCAGAGUUCAGAAGUCGCAUGGGUGCAGUGAAGCAAGGCAAGAAACAACUAAUCCCACUAUUCGACAAAGAUGCAGGUUCCAAGGACCUCAAUAAAGCUCAAAAGAAAGAAAAUAGCAAGCAGAAGGCUAAAUAAUGA